AUGACUCCUUACCGUGGCUUAGUGCGACUUCUGCUUGAGUAUAGUUCUAUUUUAUGGGAUCUCAUUACAGCCUCCGGCUCUGUAAUCAUCGAGCGAGUCCAAAGACGUUUUCUAUCCUAUGCCAGCCAUGUGCUGAAUAUCUUCCAACCGUUGCGUGACUACUCUUCAGUUCUACACGUGUUUGGUCUAUCUACGUUGGCCGAUAAAAGAGUUGACAUUAACUGGAAGUUCUUCCGUAACCUCAUCAGCAGUUCCGUGGACGCACCGUCGCUCCUUUCCCUCAUCAACUUUCGAAUCCUUCCACGUCCGACCCGCAUUACCACCACUUUUGCAAUCCCUUUGCACACCACCGAUUAUUGUUCGAAUAAUCAUAUACACCGCAUGAUGCGCCUUGCUAACGUCCACCCUUCGUUCUUACACUAA